AUGUUUCAAAUAAGCUACAUUGUGGUUUUCUUGAUUUUAACUUCAUUUUUUCCUUUAGGUUUUGGGAUUUUCUUGAAUGUUACUACUCUUCCUGGUCAACAUCCUGAUCCUGAAUCUGUUGCUCUUGAAGUUAAUAGGAAAGUGAAUGCAUCACUCUCAAUUUUCCAAUCAAGAAGAAAAAUGUUGUCCUACACACAAUCCUCUUGUCAAACGGGUAACCCUAUCGAUGAUUGUUGGCGAUGUGACCAUAGUUGGCAAUUAAAUCGCCAAAGACUAGCCGAUUGUGCCAUCGGGUUCGGUCAAUACGCCCUCGGUGGCAAAGGCGGUCGUUACUACGUGGUCACGUCAUCCUCGGACCCGGACCCCGUGGACCCGCCACCUGGCACUCUCCGAUACGGGGUCAUCCAAGAGGAACCGUUGUGGAUAGUUUUCUCAGCUAGUAUGGAGAUUAAACUCUCGGAAGAGCUCAUAUUCAACUCGCACAAAACCCUAGACGGGCGCGGGGUCAACGUGCACAUAACAGGAGGGGGGUGUAUAACGUUACAAUAUAUCUCAAACGUUAUAAUCCACAACAUACACGUACAUCAUUGUUACGAAUCGGGCGAUACGAACGUACGUUCGAGCCCUACACAUUUCGGAUACCGAGGCAAGUCGGACGGGGACGGGAUCUCGAUUUUCGGGUCCCGAGACAUAUGGAUAGAUCAUUGUUCAUUGUCCAAUUGUAAAGAUGGAUUGAUUGAUGUAGUUAUGGGGUCAACGGGGAUAACAAUAUCAAAUAAUCAUUUUUCACAUCACAAUGAGGUAAUGUUAUUGGGACAUAAUGAUGAUUAUUUGCCAGAUUCAGGUAUGCAAGUCACAAUAUCAUUUAAUCAUUUUGGUAAAAAAUUAAUUCAAAGAAUGCCAAGGUGUAGAAGAGGAUAUAUUCAUGUUGUCAAUAAUGAUUUUACAAGAUGGGAAAUGUAUGCAAUUGGUGGAAGUGGAAACCCUACAAUCAACAGCCAAGGGAAUAGAUAUAUUGCACCCUUUGACCCUUUUGCUAAAGAGGUAACAAAAAGAGUGGAUACUGAUGAAGGAAAAUGGAGAAAUUGGAAUUGGAGAAGUGAAGGGGAUGUAAUGGCAAAUGGAGCAUACUUUGUGGCCUCUGGUGAAGAAGUUGAAAUUAAAUAUGAAAAAGCUUAUAGUGUGGAGCCAAAAUCUGCUGAUUUUAUUGACCAAAUUACUUUAAAUGCUGGUGUUCUUAUUCACAGGGGUAGCAACAGUGGAAAAUGGACGGCUACCACCAACAAUGACACCGAAUCCGCCGGAGACGACGGUGGAGGGGAAGAUCUCGUGGCGAUUUCCGGUGACUCCGACGACGAUUAUGGUGGUGAUGAAGAGUCUAGAAGCUCAACAAUUUACUCUAAUUUCUCCUUGCUAUUUAAUUUACUAAUGGCAUUGUUAGCCUUAUUGUAGUCUUCAAAAAAAAAUUAAAAGACAUUUAAAAAAAAAAAAGGAAAACAAAUUGUCCUUUUUUUUGUUUGAGAAAUUAAUGUGUUUUGAAGUACUUAAUUAAAUCUGUGGUGGCAUAAUUGUCGCCCUAAACUCUUUAAUCAAGAAAAUUUUACAAGA